GUUUGUGAGAGUCCUUGAUGAUGUUGUGAGCUCUGUGCUGCUUAAAAAGGACAGAAGAACAGUAUCCAUCUGGACCGGCACCAUCCUGUUCUGAACAAACAGUAAAAUAAGGGAUUUCAUUGGGUGACGCUGUGGAUCCGAUCUGCUCAUCUGUUUGGAGCCUCUCACUGUCUUGUGUCUGCUCAUUUUGAAGAUGCUCCCUUAUUUCACCCAAAAUAUUGGUGAUAUUUCUCUUUCUGUCUGCAUAUUCACCGUUGCUGGGUCCAUCUAAAGGAAGGAAAAGGAAAUAUCACGGAAGUCAUCAAAAAUGAACCGCAGGGAUUCAUCACCUCAACCCAAAGUCACACUUCGUCGCUGGGAAGAUGAGCAAGACGAUGUAUUUGACCCGGAUAAGUUGCUUCUGUGCCCUUAUGACGCCAACCAUCAGAUCCGAGCACGUCGUUUACCGUACCAUCUCAUCAAGUGCAAAAAGAACAAUCCACAGCUGGCCAGUCAACUCUGGACGUGCCCGUUUAAUGCUCGUCACAUCAUGCCCAAGGAAGAGAUGUCCCAUCAUAUGUCUACAUGCCUGAAUAGGUGCCCUGUAAAGACAGACUAUGAGGUAACUGAUGAGAGCCAGCGCAAAUUUCAGGUUCCUGUCAGCACCUGGACUAUUCCUGUGUGUGAGGAAGACUGGGAUGAAGAAGUGAAAAAUGCAGGAACACCAGCAACUCCAUUUGUCUGGGGAGUUUCAACCUCACAACUCAGCCAAGACAGGGCUGGGUUAGCUAUGAGCACCGGUUUGCCCCCUGGUGUCAGAGCCCCAAAAGGUUUUCCAUGGACCCAAGGAUAACUGCAACAUAAUCUCAGUCUACACUAUAUGGCCAUGGACUACAUAGACACCUGACCAUCACACCCAUAUGUGCUUGUUGAAUAUCUUGUUCCACAGUUAGUCCCCCUUUGAUGUUAUAAUAAACCCACUCUUCUGUGAAGGAUUUCCACUAGUG